UGACAUAUAAAAAGGUAAGGCCACCUGAAUACCAUAUAGAUUUGUUCCCUUCUCUUCCCAUUCAUUAUGAUGCAUAUUUUUCCAUUCCAUUUCAAGCCCAGAUCAGCUCUUUCUAUAAUCCUCAACACCUCUUUCCUCUUUCUACUCUUGCUUUACACUCUCACUUCCAACGGUUUUAGCCAAUCCCAAAGACACAUACAUUUAUCAAAGACUAAUAAUGACUGCUCCGACUUACAUAAACACAGUGAUUCACAAUCUAAAUGUGCCUACAUAAAAGCAAACAGUUCUUGCUCUGGAAAAGGGUAUUUGAAUUAUCUUGAGUUCUUCUACUGCACCUUAGGCUGGUUUCCACAACUAGGAUACUGUCUCCUACUUGUAUGGCUUGUUUUGUUGUUUUAUUUGUUGGGUAAUACAGCAGCUGAGUACUUCUGCCCUUCUGCAGAAGGCUUAUCCAAAGUCAUGAAUCUUUCCCCUGCGAUAGCUGGAACGACUCUUCUCCCUCUAGGAAAUGGGGCUAAUGAUGUCUUCUCUAGUAUCAUCUCCUUCACGCGAUCCAGCAGUGGUAGCGUUGGGCUUAACAGUGUCUUAGGGGGUGCAUUAUUCAUUACUUGUUUCGUCGUGGGAGUCAUAAGUAUACUCGUGUCGACUACCCAAGGCCUAACCAUUGAUAAGCCAAGUUUCAUUAGAGAUGUGUUGUUCAUCAUAUUCUCACUAUCAUGUCUCCUUGGGAUCGUUGUUUCCGGGGGGGUUACUUUAUGGAUAGCAAUAUGUUUCUCUUGUAUUUAUGUCCUUUACAUUUGUGUGGUUUGCGCUAUGCAUUUCUUUAGUAAGAAGGAAGCAGUUAAAAAUGUAAAUUCACCUACCAAUUCUAUUCCUGCUACGAGUAUGUACCUUGGCAAAGAAGAUGAAUAUAUUGGGGUACCAUUGUUAGGGUGUAUUGAUGAGGAAAAGGGCUCCGCAUCACGCCCUAGUGAGGAACAAGCAGCACAAGUAAAUUGCUCAUCAUCUUGCUGCAAAUUCUUAAAUCAUUUUCUUGGUGUUUUGGAACUGCCCCUUUACUUGCCAAGAAGGCUGACCAUCCCUGUUGUUAGUGAGGAAAGUUGGUCCAAGCCAAUGGCUGUAAUUUCAGUAACGUUGGCACCAAUUCUUGCAGCAACCGUUCUAAGCACUCCAAGAGAAAGCAUGAAUUCCAGAGCAAGCUUAGCCAUUGGCAUGAUAUCAGUUUUUGUAGGGCUUAUUCUAGGGAAUCUUGCAUUUUUGUCUACAAAAAGAUCUAGUCCUCCAACGAAAUGCUUGUUUAUUUGGCUUCUUGGAGGGUUUGUUAUGAGUACUACAUGGACAUAUAUGCUUGCCCAAGAAUUGGUCUCGAUGCUAGUCUCAUUUGGAUAUAUUCUAGGGAUAAACCCUUCAAUUUUAGGACUCACAGUCCUAGCUUGGGGUAACUCAACUGGGGAUCUGAUAUCCAAUGUUGCCAUGGCAUUGAAUGGUGGAAAAGAUGGGGUGCAAAUGGCGAUAUCGGCUUGUUAUGCAGGACCACUAUUCAAUACCUUGAUUGGUUUAGGGGUAUCCCUUGUGCUUGCAUCAUGGUGGGAGUAUCCAACUCCCUACGUGGUUCCAAAUGGUCCUUUCCUCUGUGAAACUUUGGGAUUUCUUGUUGUGGGCUUACUAUGGGCUCUUGUCAUUUUGCCUAAGAGAAAUAUGCAACCUGAUCACUCUCUUGGUGUUGGACUUCUCGCAAUUUACUUCUGCUUCUUGUUUCUAAGGUUUACAAAAGGUUUCUAGUAUAUAUGGAGUUUUUCCAAUGAUUCAUACAGCAAUUAUAUGAAUUUUGAUAUUCUGAAAAGAACAAGGAUGUUUAUAUGAAAUACAGGGCUUGUACAAUAAACAGUAUUUAAUUAA